AUUGUACACAGAGGGUUUACUUGGUGUUCCAUCCGGCUUCAACCUAGACAAUCGUGUCCUGGAUUGCCACCUCAACCAAACAGUUGACAACAAUGCUAAAUCAAAAUCACGUACUCCUUUUACUGGGUCUGGCUGUGUCUUUUAUCGGUGGCGCUGCUUCAACUGACCUAUCGUGUCCAGAUGGUGUUGGUCAGAUUGGAUCAGAAUAUACAAUAGUCGGUGACAGAAGCAACUACACAGGCUUCGUAUGGGUUCGACCUGAUGAUCGGUACGUCGUCACCUGCAACCCCAGCUGCAGCCCUGUGGCAGGAUACAAUGCAACCAUGAACAACACACACUCCACACUCUCUAUAGAGAAUGUGAUGAUCAAGGAUUCUGGGAUGUGGAAAAUAAGGGACGCAACUGUCACCGAUGCCGUCGCUGACGACGUGUGUCAGCUGAUGGUAGCUAGUCCACCACAGUGCAACAUCAGCAGUGACACAGACACCAACGCUCUAGAACUUGGUACAAAUCUCACCCUGACACUGGAACUCAGAGGGUACUACUGUUCUCAACAAGCUGGGUUUGAUCUCACAACUGGCAGCGUCACAGACGUCAUGUUACAGAACCAGACAACGAACAACAUCACAGACACUGUCCAGCACCACUCCUUCAACGUCACAUCUGACCACUUUGGAGACGUCAGUGUCAUAUUCAGAUGUGAUAGCAGCAACAAACCUCUUACUUGCGGCGGAGUUUCCAAACUAACAGGUCCACCACAGUGCAACAUCAGCAGUGACACAGACACCAACGCUCUAGAACUUGGUACAAAUCUCACCCUGACACUGGAACUCAAAGGGUACUACUGUUCUCAACAAGCUGGGUUUGAUCUCACAACUGGCAGCGUCACAGACGUCUUGUUACAGAACCAGACAUCGAACAACAUCACAGACACUGUCCAGCACCACUCCUUCAACGUCACAUCUGACCACUUUGGAGACGUCAGUGUCAUAUUCAGAUGUGACAACAGCAACAGAACACUCUCUUGCGGCGGAGUUUCCAAACUCACAGCUGCUACAACAACUACAACACCCGGGUCGACAGAAACAAGUACCAACAAUUCUAACAGCAGCAUGCAAACAAGCUCGCCAUCGCCAUCGUCCAUCGCCAUCUCCAUCGCCAUCGCCAUCGCCAUCGCCAUCGCCAUCUGAGGGGUCGACAACACCGAAAAGUACCACUUCUACUACUGAAUCAUCGCAAACAGACCUCACCCUGGGACUUGCUAUAGGACUACCAGUAUUCAUUGUUCUUGCACUUAUUGUUAUUGCAUGCAUUCUCCAAAGGAAAAGGCUGAAAAAAAUUGGAAAGUACAUCGUAUCAGGAAGCCAUGGUUCUCAUAAUACAAACAAAGGAUGUCAAGAAAUGAGUUUGUCAAAAACCGACCCAGAACAACAAAAAGUUGACUGAUUGAGGCCCUGAGCUGCCAACAGUAAUGUACUUUCCAGUUGUCUUCACACUGGUGCCUUCCACGAUAACUGAAAUAAUUUUCAUAAGCAUAUUUCUUCGACUUAGUCACUGGUUACAUAUAUGUAACACAAAUAUUAUUUUUUUUAAUCUUCUUGACGAACAGGUCCAAUGUAUUGCCUAGGCAAACUCUACCGAUUCCCGAGGAUAUAAGGUUAUAAUGGUAGGAUGUAGGAAUAAGCCAAUAAUCACAUUCAACGAUACAUGUGACACUUAUCUAAAGGAACCUCGCACUAAAACAGAAAUUUCCAUGAAUAAGUAGGAUCUUAAAAGUAGCUAAA